GCCUGUUCCUGGCGACUAGGGCGAGGAGAAAAGGAGUUCUACAUCUACCACUUCUGUUCCGUAGGUAUAUGUAGCAUACGCUUGAAGCAAUCAAGGACAAAAUGGGUUCAGCUGAGGAUGAGUUCACCCCACUUUCUCAGUUAACCGAUGAAACGGGAAAAUGUAAAGUUCGGGUGCGCAUAUCACGGAUAUGGGAAUCCUUCAAUCCAAAAUAUAACAUUUUUUUGGGUCUCGACAGCCUUCUGAUCGAUGAUCAGGGUGGAACUAUGCAGGCCCGUGUGCUUCCGAAUGAUAUCAAACUUUUUGAAGAGCGGCUAGUUGAGGGGAAGGUCUAUGCCUUAUCGAAUUUUACAGUUGAGGAGACGGACAUGAGCUGUAGCAAUGAGUGGAUUAUGUAUUUUAGAGAGCAGACGGUGGUCAAUGAGAUAGAAGGAGAUAUUGAUUCGAUACCCCUCCACAGUUUUGAGUUCGUUAAUUUCAAGGAUCUCCGUUCCAGGCGCGACAACAAUAGCUUAAUGACAGAUGUUCUGGGCCACAUAGUACAUGUUGGGAAGCUACAGAAGUUCAAGAAAAAAUCCCGCCAUAUACAAACCUGCGAUGCAACAAUUCGAAAUUUGAGCGGAAGGGAACUGAGUGUCACACUGUUUGGAGAUAUCGCUUGCGGUUUUGCUGAGGAUAUACUCGAGAAAGGCCUAGAAGCCUCAGUUGUUGCUGUCUUUGCAGGGAUGCGCGUUGAUUCCUAUAACUCACAUUUAGUUUGCUCUACAGCAUCGUCAAAGUACUAUCUAGAUUUGGAUAUACCAGAGGUGCAAGACUUCCGUUUGAAUUUGCGCAUUCAGCAAGCAAACCCUGUUCCUAAAAAAAGCGAAGCUCAGAAGUUAGCCGAGAGUUGGCGAACUAUCGAACAACUAAAAGGCCUCGAUCGAGAGGAGUAUGACGAUGAUACCAAGUUCUUGUGCAGAGUCUCCCUGAUUUAUUUUGAUUGCACCAGUGGUUGGUGUUAUCCUGGAUGCGAAUUCUGCUAUAAGUCACUGGGCAAAAAAUACAGGUGCAGCCGAUGUGGCCCGGUUAAGAAGCCAAUUCAAAUGUACAAGCUGAAGGCAAAGGUGCGAGAUAAUACCGGCAUAAUGAACUUGAUGAUCUUCUGUGAGGUGGCGGAGAAGCUGGUCGGUGUCUCUGCGGAGAAGCUCGUUGAUGAGAUCAAGGAAGAUGAUGACUGGUACACCCUGCCAAAAACAAUCGCGAAUCUUCUUGGCUCGACCCACACCUUCCAAGUAUUUGACAAGUACGGUAAUGGGAGCUUCUCGGUGUGGUGGAUCAUGGAUCAUGUCAGCGUACCAGUCGCUGUUGCCACCACUGGGCGAUGCACGGUGGAGCGUGUCCUUGAGGACAGGUCUCCUUCUUCCCCGACCACGGUGCUGCCUGUGGCUUCUAUGAGAUUGCAGCGCUACCCGAGGCAUCGUGAGUAUGUCAACACCCCGAUCACGUACUAUGCUCAGAUGAAGACGAUCUUCACGUUCCGGUUUGUCUACAAGGCGUAA